AUGGCUAUAAUAUCGCUGGUGAAUGUCCAGCCUAUUAACAGGUUUAGGGAUAUGAGCAAGCUUCAAGACUUUGAGAUACUCAGUAAAUUGGGUAAGGGUACUUUUGGGGUUGUGGAAAAAGCCAAGUCUGUCAAAACAGGAGAAAUUGUAGCAUUGAAACAGUUGUUAAAUCAUUCAGCGAAGGAAGGGUUUCCAAUCACAGCCAUGAGAGAGAUUACUAUCGUGAAAAAGUUAAACCAUCGGAAUGUUUUGAAGAUACUUGGUAUGAUUUAUGAAGAGCCAAAGGUGUCGAACGCAUCAGAUGUUGUUCAUAAUAGAGGAUGUUUCUACACCGUGAGUCCUUAUAUGACCUCAGAUUUGGUUGGAUUAUUGGAAAAUCCCAAUAUUCAAUUGCAACUACCCCAGAUAAAAUGUUUCAUGCAACAGCUAUUAACAGGAAUACAAUAUAUCCAUGAUAGUAAGUAUUUGCAUAGGGAUAUUAAAGCUGCCAAUAUUUUGAUUAACUCUGAUGGUAUACUAAAGAUUGCAGAUUUUGGUUUAGCAAGAAACUAUCACGGUAGUCGCCCCACUCUUGGACAAGGACCUGGUGGAGGUGAAAGACUGUAUACUGGAUUAGUAGUCACAAGAUGGUAUAGACCACCUGAAAUUUUGUUGGGGGAACGAAAAUAUACCACAGCCGUUGAUAUAUGGGGAGUUGGAUGUGUUUUUGGAGAGUUGUUUCAUAAAAAACCAAUCUUGAGUGGCAAAUCCGAUAGUCAUCAAUGUCAGCUAGUAUUUCAAUUGGUUGGACCUCCUACUAAUGAAGAGUGGCCGGAUAGCACAAGCUUACCCAACAGAAACGACCUUACCAUUGGGUUGACAUGCAGAAGAUCAUUAGAAAGCAGAUUCAUGCCUUUGAUGAAUGAUCCCUUGGCAGUUGAUUUGUUGUCUAAAAUGUUAACCUUAGAUCCAUACAAACGUUAUAAUGCUUUGGAUGCAUUGAAUCAUUCAUUUUUUAGCUCCGAACCAUUACCUGAUACACCACAGCAACUCCCUAAAUUUGAAGAAUGUCAUGAGAUAGAUAGAGAGAGGUUCAAGAAAAUGUCUCAAGGUCAAACAUUGACCAACUCCAACAGUGUGAUAGCCCCAGGAGCACCAAUCCCUAUCCAGACUGUCAAAACGAACAAUAAUGAGCUGGUUAGUGAGAGUGGAUUUAAACUGAUUGCAGCCUCAUCUGUAAGUAAAGAACUGAUAGGAAGUUUCAAACCCGUUUCAAAAAGUGUUGCCCCAAUAUCGAGUUCUACCAUCAACGAUAAGCACAGUACUGGCCACUCCGACAACAAUGGAAACGACGUGAACAUUUCAGUCUCCAGAGGAGGAGGGUACAACAGAGAGCAUCAUGAAGCAAGUUUAAAUGCUUCAAAGACCAGCCCAGAGAUUAAUAGAACUGUCGAAAGUAGCAUAUUCAUGCCCAAGAAGAAGAAGCGUCCUUUACCUCCUCCUUCUACAACUAACAAAAAAAUUCAAAAAACAAAUGACUCUGUUCUGACCGUACAACAAGAGCUAAUUCCGUUAUCCAAGUCAGGGCCAAGACAUUUUGACCCAAUCACAAAAGUGAGGGCAUCAAGUGGUAACAACACAAAUGCUUCCGACUUAAGCGAUGUCGAAGAUGACAUAACAAACGAGGAGGCUUACAAAAGGCUAGAUCUCCAUAAAAAGUAA